GUUCCUUCGGCUGGGAUGGACCUGCUUUAGCUGAUAUUUAAACUACACAUCAAGUAUCCCAGGUGUCUUAGCAAACAGCAACUGGGUCAGUGCUACCCGCAUGCUGAAGACAGCAUAAGAAGGCUCAAGAUAUCAGCUGGCUGUAGACAGAGAGAUGAACAGUUUGUGUCCUGAGCAUGGUCUUGCAAAGGCUUGUUGACUGAUUCGCAAUGCCUGAAGUGGACGAGGAUGAGCUAUCUGAUUCCACAAGGGCGGCCCUUCGGAUACAAGAAGAAAUCGAUGGAAAUGGUCCGACCACCAGUUCCAAAAGCACACCUUCCUCUCGCAAGAGCAGUGCGCAGGUGUCAAAUGGCACGCAUGGGGCAGUUACUGGAAUCGCACUUGGUGAAUAUGCUCACAAAAAGGGUGGUUCUGGAACAGUCCACAUCAAGAUGAAGGGGAGCAAGGCCGGCUUUUUCAGCGAGAGUUUGGAAUCUCUGGCGUAUCGUCAUGACUCAGACGAUGAGGUUAAUCCGGAGGCACCAAGUGGAAGCUUUCGACAAAAGGACUUGGCCAGAGAAGCAAGUGGCACCGGCAGCCAAGCUGUGGGCUUGGAUGGCAAGGUCUACAGCUUCAUUGAAGCGCCAAGCGAUGAUGAAUCCAGCGCUGAAAGAAAUGCCCCGAGUGCGGUGAAGGAUAAAGGCAAGUCCAAAAAAAAAGUGAAGAAGGACAGCCGGGAAUAGCUUAACUUGCGAUGUCUCUUGUGAUCAGCAACAGAACUGGAAGGGAUUUAGCUUCAUCUCAAAGCAGGCAAAACCUCAACUUUAUCAAAUUUAUGUUUGUACUGUACACUGUGCAUGCUACUUGUUUAGUGCAACCCUUUUCUUGCUCUGUCGAACAAUGACGUCUCCCGGUGUUUCUCUAUCAUUGAUUAUUCAUCAGGUUGCAACGCCAUUGCGUUGCCAACAUCAGCCAAAAUCUCUCUCGCAAAGCGCACUCUCUCUUUGUCAAUGGGCCUCUACCGUGCAGAACCAAUGCAGACGUGUGCUUGAAGAGUCCACCACAAGGGUGUACGGUAUCCCAAAGCUUCUUCCAUGAAUAGACCAGAAUAGUCACUUGAUGCUGGACAAGCAACACUUCCUGUUCAAAGAAGACUAUAUAGACGCCUUGUCAAAUAGUUGCUCAAUACAGUACAGUGGACGAAGAGACUGUCCUAAGACGGGCAAAGUUAGAUUUCAAGGAACACAUAAUACAUAUUAACAUAAUAUUCGCGCCGCUACGCGGCUGGGCCCGCCCGCACCGGAGAGCUAUCUGCUGAACCCAGCUACGGCCUUUCAACUAUUUUGCUGUUUGCCGUGGUAUCAGCAGGGCAGUCGUAUAGUAUAGUUGGACUGGUGUCCUACCGUCCCGACUCUACCUGGCUAAUACGAACCCCUAGCCAGCUAGAGCCGUACCAUGAAGCCGCUGAUGUUUGUUUAUGCCGGUUCUACCGGACCAAAUCUUCAAAAACUC